GGCCGCCUCGACGUCACGGGCCAAGAUGGCGGCGCCCUUUCGCGGCGCGGAGUAGCCGGUGCGCGUCUCGCGCUCCUUCCCGCCGCCGCGCCGACCUGAAGGGGCUUCGGCGGGUCUUUCUGUCCGGCCUCGGGAUGUUGCCUCUCAGGCGCGUCUGGCGCCGCCUCGCCGCUCCCCCGGACCCCGGGACGUGGCUGCGGUGCGCGAGGGGCGAGGUGAUCUCGGCGGCCGCCGGCCCCUCCAGCGUUUCCAAGUACGACGUCGUCGUGAUCGGCGGUGGCCACGCCGGCACUGAAGCGGCGGCGGCGGCGGCGAGGGUGGGAGCCCGCACCCUCCUCGUCACGCACAAGGUGGACACCAUAGGUAAGCAGGGAGCUGGUUGGAUUGCUCAGUGGGAGCCGGCAGGUGUGGGUACACAGGGCGCCCGCCGAGGGAUGCAGGUUGCCAAAGUUUCUGCCAGGGCAGGUAGCAGAGUGGACCUCAGUAGGGUUCCUUCCCCUAACACUUGGAAAGCAUGAUGGUGGAGCUCGCAGGAGAUGCAACAGCAGCAGGGCAGGGCUAGCAAGUACGUCCUCAUUAUCUCUCCAUAAUAGGUUACUUACGUGGGGAGGAAAACGCUAGAGCAACGACAAAUCUAGACAGCAUCUUCAAAAGCAGAACAUCACCUUGCCGACAAAGGUCCAUAUAGUUAAAGCUAUGGUUUCCCCAAUAGUGAUGUAUGGGAGUGAGAGCUGGACCAUAAAGAAGGCUGAUCGCCAAAGAAUUGAUGCUUUUGAAUUAUGGUGCUGGAGGAGACUCUUGAGAGUCCCAUGGACUGCAAGAAGAUCAAACGUAUCCAUUCUUAAGGAAAUCACCCUGAGUGCUCACUGGAAGGACAGAUUGUGAAGCUGAGGCUCCAAUACUUUGGCCACUUCACGAGAAGGGAAGACUCCCUGGAAAAGACCCUGAUGUAGGGAAAGAUGGAGGGCACAAGGAGAAGGGGACGACAGAGGAUGAGAUGGUUGGACAGUGUUCUCGAAGCUACCAGCAUGAGUUUGACCAAACUGCGGGAGGCAGUGGAAGACAGGAGUGCCUGGCGUGCUCUGGUCCAUGGGGUCACGAAGAGUCGGACACGACUAAACGACUAAACAACAACAAAGGGUUUGUUUAUCAGGAGACAUGAACUUUCCCCAACACCUGACAUGGCAACAUCACCUUUAAUCCAUUUGCUAAAUGUUUAUUUUAUGAAUGGAGCUACCAGAGAAACAUAACAGCAGCAGUGUUGUUGGUUGAUAAGAUAAUCAUAAAUGACAGUAUACUUAUUUCAUUUUUUGCAAAAUGAAAUUGCCUCCCGUUUUUGGACAUCCAUAUGUGAUUGGAUCUGUAGAACAGAUUAAUAAAAACAAAUGCAUUUUUAAAACAAAUACAAAACCCUGACAUUUUGAUGUAUAUUGCAUCUAGGAUUGCUAGAAUUAGAGAAUUAGAAAUAAGCAGAAGUAAGGCAUCUUGGUUUUCUCUUAGAAUUUUGGGCAUGGGUCGGCAAACUAAGGCCCGGGGGCCGGAUCCGGCCCAAUUGCCUUCUGGAUCCGGCCCGCGGAUGGUCUGGGAAUCGCCAUGUCGAUCGGCGUGGGAUCCUGAUCGUUCGGGCUGCGCCAUUUCCCCCUCCACACACACACCGUGGCGCCGCCUCCCCCCUCCCUCCUCCUGGCUUCUCCCUGCCCUGCCUAGAGGAGGAAGGGGGCCGGGCUUUGUUGAGCCGUGGUUGGCUGAGCACCAUUUUAAGCAGUCUCUCUGUGGAGACAGCCCUUUCGUGCUGCUCAUCGUUCCGCCGCCAGCCCCUGCCGCUCGCAGGGCACAGGUAAGCAGUCACUGGGGCUCGUCCAGUGCUGUGGAGAAGGGAGGGGAGAGUCAUGGGGGGGUAGAUUCCCCCUCCAAAAAAAAUAUAGUCCAGCCCCCCACAAGGUCUGAGGGACAGUGGACUGACCCCCUGCGCAAAAGGUUUGCUGACCCCUGAUUUUGGGUCUAGAGGGGUACAGUACUGCCAUGAAUUCUACUCAUAUUGAUCCAGAGCGGAUUCCAAUGUAUAGUUAGUAGAGUAAAAACUUAAACAUAUUGCAGGAUUCCCCCAAAAUAGACCAGAGGCAAUUAAUAUUUUAUCUAGCAGAGCUUUACUGCUACUGAAGGCAAAUGAGCAUAAUGGUCACAAAUCCAAUACAUUCAGAAAUGGCACUGUCCAUAGAAAAUCCAGUUGCGACACUUAAUUUAACCGCCAAUAAUUUCUAAUAAGACUAAAACCUUAACACUAAGCAUACUAUACAGUCAUACCUCAGGUUGAAGUAGUUUCGGGUUGAGCAUUUUCAGGUUGUGCUCCACAGUGACCCGGAAGUAACGGAGCGCGUUACUUCCGGGUUUCGCCGCAUGCACAGACACUCAAAAUGACGUCAUGCGCAUGCGCGGAAGUCCCGAGACACAGGUUGCGUUCACUUCAGGAUGCGAACGGGGCUCCGGAAUGGAUCCCAUUCGCAUCCAGAGGUACCACUGUAUACAGAACACCACACCAGAAGGAAAGAGAGAUAGAAAGUGAAACUUAGGCUCCUUCUGCCGGCAUGACCUUGAGUGAAAGAGGAACCUUCUGCCUCUUGCUAGGCAGAAUAGAAACUUGCAUGUCAGCUAGAAACUUCCAGCUUGCAUCAGCUUGUAUUACACAGAGAAGCUUCCAGAAACCUCAUGGGUCAAUUAGAAUGGGAAAGAUCUUUACACAUCAAAUCAGUAUUUUCUUCACCAAAAAAUGCACCCUGACAAGUAGCUUGCCAUUCAUGUCAAUUUGGAGCAUAGGAAAUGGGGUCGGGCUAAAAGCUGUGGUUUGCUUGUAGUUAGAUGCCUUUCAUUUGUUAUGCUGUCCAGGGCAAAUGUCAUGUAACCCUUCCUUUGGUGGAAUUGGAAAAGGACAUCUGGUCAGGGAAGUGGACGCACUGGACGGGCUCUGCGCACGAAUCUGCGAUCAGUCGGGAGUGCAUUACAAAGUGCUAAAUAAAUGCAAGGGACCGGCCGUCUGGGGUCUCCGAGCCCAGAUUGACAGAGAGCUCUAUAAAGAGAACAUGCAGGUGAGAAUAUGGAUAGGAAGAGAGGAGAGGAAGGCUUCUGAGGCAACCCUAUGCAUGCUUACCUAUGGAACUCAGUGGGGUUUAUUCAAGUAUACAUGUUUAUGAGUGCACUGUCAGUUUGAUGAAGGUAAACAUGUGAAUGGGUGUGUGUGUCAGAUAUAAUAAAAUGUACAUUUCAUUUACCAUUAAUAUUGGGGAAAUGACCAAAAUGAUUCCUAAUCAGAGCAUGGAAUCUUGAUUGACAUUUGGUGGUGGUGGUGAGGGCGUUAUCCAGUAAUUUGGUUUGUUUUUAAAAUGCACAAGUUACCUCUCACUCAACAAAUUCCCAAAAUGAUUUACAAAACAUUUAAAUCCGAAAGUCUGAUUGGAAAAGGCAACUUAUUUCUGUCAUGCUUAAAUAACCUGGAAUGUAAACUUAACUGGGCGGGGGGGAAUGGCUCCUUAUUCCAACAAACAAGUGUCAUUGGAUAUACAGCAAUGGAGACUCAAACGUAAUAUUGGGAAACUUAGAAGAAAAUCCCUGCAAAACAUAAUCUACAAUUGCAUUUUACACCAGAGUUGUAUUUAAAAAAACAUGACUGUAAAAUUAUGGAGUGGAUCCAGAAAAACAUUGACAGGAGGUGAAUUUCCUGCCCCACCUUCUUCCAGAAACUGCACCAACCACCCUGAAGUGGGGUGAAUGAUUUGGGUGGGAAAGGCAGUUACGGAUUCCCAGCAGGUACCUCCAAAUAAGGGUCUCCUGACUCUUAGGAAAGGCUUUUCAGAGGGCUACUGUGGGAGGAGAGGAAAGGGAGAAAGUUUCCUUCUGCCUUCCCCUUUCUGCUGGCUUUUCUCUACAACCAAGCCAAUGUCUGUUUUUAAAAUGUAAAACACCAUGUUAAUUCAGCAUUCUCUGAAUAAGACAUUCUGUACUCACAUAACAAGCACUUGGGUGGGACAACUUUGAAAAGUGCUGUAUGAGAACAUAAAUGCUUGUGCAGUUUCAGUUCUUCUCUUUUUGGUAAAAUCUCGUGAGGGAGGAAAAGGAGGUGCCCAGAUCAGACUUCCAUCCUUGAUUUGGCAAUGGUGGACUAUAUAUGGCUUUUAGCCUUUUUAGUCUUCAUUAUUUGUGUUAUUAGAUAUAAUUCUCAAGCUGAAUGUGGCUAUUUAAUGCAUUUAUUGUUUUCAAAAACUUAAACUUAAUAAUGCUAAAAACUAAUUUAAUAAACCAAAAUAUUCACUGCAACUAUGUAAGACAUUGGCUAUGCCUUCUUUUACUUCAGGCAGGAAAGGGCCUCACUCUUGAAUAGGGUUGGUCUGUCAAAGCUGUGGGUCUGGGGUCUUUAUUUGACCCACAACCCUAUUUUCCCUCCAAACAGUUCCCACCUGCCCCACAGCUGAUAUCAUAGGUGGGGCAGGGAAUGACAGAGCUGCGAAGGAGCAAUCGAAAACCUUUAAGUGCACUCCCAGCUGUUCCUUAGCAAGCGAGGCUUGCAGUAAACUGGGGGAACCUAGGAACUCAGUAGCGCAGCCAUGUUACUGGAGGUUCUCUCCUUUGCUUAUGAGUCCUUAAAAGAUCAUGUGUGUGUGUGUAAAUUCCUUUAACAGGGUUUUUUUCCCCUAGUAGAAAGAAAUUCUCCAAACCCCACUUCUGACAGUUUGUGAAGCUUCUGUGGAAGAUCUUCUACUGACAGACCCAGAAUCGGAUCAUCCAGGCAAAUGUUGCGUCAGUGGAGUCGUGUUGGGUCAGUAUUCCGGCAAGCUGCAUCCUGAAGCAGCAGUCUUCAUCCAUUUGUGUAGGGUCUGCUUUCCAUGACAGCAGCUUGCAAAAACUACUUCCAGGUAAAAGGAGGAGGGAGACCUCACCUCUGCAGAGAACUCAAGUGGCACAAGAACCCAGUAGUUUUUUCUAGAUGCUGCCUUGAAAAGCAGAUCGGUUGGGAAAUUAGCUAAGUUAUUUACCUCAUUUUUUUAAGCCCAUGCAAUGUGAGCCAGGGAAUCUAACCCAUCAUUAUUUCCAAAGAGUUGAUUUAUAACUGAUCUUAAUCUAGUCCUUAAUGAACUAAUAGCCACAUUUGCAACUGUCACUUGCAAUGCAUAUUGAAUGGCCAUUUUUGAACUUGUAAAAACAUCAGGGCUUGGUGUUAAAAGCUGGCUGGAUACUUAGGGUGUUUGAUUGUAGCUUCACCAUCUCAGAAUAGCUGUAUGAAACUACCCUGACACAAAAAAUAGGAUUUCCUAGUUCUAGUUACAGUAAAUAAAGAACCGUGUAGGUCUGCCGUAGUUGAAACAAAAUAAAAAAAUCCUUCCAGUAGCACCUUAGAGACCAACUAAGUUUGUUAUUGGUAUGAGUUUUCGUGUGCAUGUCUCUGAAGAAGUGUGCAUGCACAUGAAAGCUCAUACCAAGAACAAACUUAGUUGGUCUCUAAGGUGCUACUGGAAGGAUUUUCUAGGUUACAGAUAGGCAGACUGGGCUACUGGAAAUCCUGUAACGAAAACCUCUGACUCAGUAGGUUAUCUAGCCUUUUCUAGGUCACAGUCAUUCCACUGCAGAAAGUUAUGCUGUUCUGGACUAUGUAGUUUAGUUAGUAUGAGGCACUUAGAUGUUUACAAUUCAGAAAACAACAGAUAGAAUAAGUAGGAUGAUCACGAGAGACUUGAUUUUAUACAGAGUAUAAGCACAUAUCUCUCUCAUUCUCUGUAAUAACAUGUGUGAAACUGAAGGAUAAGCAGCUGUCUUUAAGUGGCAGCAACAUAAACUUAGGGUUUUAUGUAAUAUCAAACUGCAAAAAAUAAAUAAAUGUUUUCUGUCGUUGAAUAAGACUGUGCUGAACUUCAAACUUCCUUGUGUCCUGGAGGAAAAAGAUACUCACUCUUUCCAAAAUAGAUUUUAUCUUAAACAAAUGCAUGUUUCCAUAAGGAGGAGUAUAGAAAGAGGAUGACGUCCUUCAGUUUGUUUAACGAAAGGAGCUUUAACAACUUUUCUAUGCUCCUCCCGAUGGAAAUAUGCAGAAGGGGACAUAUAUACCCCUGCUUUAAGUCGUUUACAAACUGUCUUCUCUUGUAUAUUAUUUACUACAAAGCUUGAUGACUAAGCUCUUUAGCGAUGAAACGUCAGAUUACCAGAACGACGUCCAAGCACUGAACCACUAGUAUAUCACAAGUGGACUGUUUAUUACUGUGUUUGCAAUUGUUCAAGAUAAUAUCUAUUUUGGAAAGAGAAGAAAUGAGCACUGAACUACUGAUGCAUUACAAGUGAGCUCUUUUAUUUACUGAAUUUACUAUUGUUUAAGAUAGAACCUCUUUGGGAAAGAAGCUACUUCUAAUUAGGGCAGCAGCAGGUAUUCUAAACUCCGCUCUGUUUCACUGCAUGUUUUCCCCUCAGAAGACGGAAGGAGAGUGCAUGCUGGGAGUGUUGUUCUAACCACGGGAACAUUUCUGAGGGGCAUGAUCCUAAUUGGACUGGAAAUGUAUCCUGCCGGGCGGAUGGGAGACCAGCCCUCCGUCGGCCUUGCUCAGACUCUGGAGAAACUUGGAUUUACCAUAGGAAGGUUAAAGACUGGAACUCCACCCCGACUGGUGAAAGACUCCAUUGACUUCAAUGUCCUCGAGAGGCAUCCCGCGGACAGCUCUCCUGUGCCGUUCAGCUUCCUUAGUGAAUCUGUGUGGAUUAAGGUGCGAAGGAGUCCUGAGGAAGUAAUCAGCUGUUGAAGUUUAUGAGGGAGAGUCUCUGUUUCUUUUCCUUAAAGUGACAUGUAUUACUCUGGCAGUGCUGUGGUUUUUAGCAUGCAGGAGGAAAUGACUGUGUCAGAAAUUAUCCCCGGUUACACAGAUGGGGGUGCGCUCCUAAAUCAUCAACAUAUUUGUCUAUUCCUGUUAAAAGCUGCUGAGAGUAAUGCAAGGAGUUGAUGGAAAUCCUCCCCUAAAUACUGGCACAGUCCGGUGACGAUGUAUACCGUCAAAAUUGACAAGUUUUAUUCCUGAAAUAUCAGCCCUCAUACAUACAUAGAAGAACUGAGGGUAAUUUUUAACCAUCACACACACUGCUUCACCAGCGAUCUUUGUCCCUGAAAUAUCUGCCCUGUCAUUUUUGCAGGUCACUAUUUUCUUCUUCAGUGGACAUCUUAUAUUGGUCAAAAAGUUUCUAAAUAAUUUUUUUUAGUUAUAUACCUCUUUUCAUUUUUAGAUUUAUAAAUCUCAAAGCAGUUUGCAAUAUGCAGAAAACCAUCAGAAACAGUUAGCACAUCCUCACGGACUUACAGUUUGAGCUGCUACAGCCAAAAAAAGAACAAGUGACAGCGGUCAGGAAAUUAUUCAGGAAAUUACAGUGGUACCUCGGGUUAAGAACUUAAUUCAUUCUGGGGGUCCGUUCUUAACCUGAAACUGUUCUUAACCUGAGGUACCACUUUAGCUAAUGGGGCCGCCGCACAAUUUCUGUUCUCAUCCUGAAGCAAAGUUCUUAACCUGAGGUACUAUUUCUGGGUUAGCAGAGUCUGUAACCUGAAGCGUCUGUAACCCGAGGUACCACUGUAUUACUGAAAUACAGUGUGAACCAUUUUAGAAUCAUCACUGCCCUUUUAAAGGAGUCCAUUCAUAAAUUGAGAGCAGUGGUACUGCUUACUUGAGGGCUCAAAGGUCCAAAGGAUAAGUCGCUAUCUAAUAGGAUAGCUCUAGGUUGGUGUGGAGAUCUCGGUCACUGGACUUCACAAAAGGCUUUCUGUGUGACCUUUGAUAAAUCAUUAAGCCUUCUGAUCUCAAGCUUGCUUGCUUAGAAGUAAAAUUGCUUUGAUUUCUUCCCAGGAGAUACAUUCUAGAUUGGGGCCUACUCGUGCUUCCAUUUCUCCAAUAGUAUUAUGGAGAAAUUAGGGGCCAUAUUCAACUAAUUUGUUGCACUAGCAGAAGCCAGCACAAGGAUACCUGCUAGUACAACAAGAUUCCCCUCCCCACUCCUCUUCCCACUACACCCUCACCAAAUCUGCUCCAGAGAGUCAGAAGAACCCCAAAAACAGCAUGGAGGGCAGGAAAUGGUUCCAUCACCACAGGAAUAUCUGCUUGCCUAAUGGAAUGAUCUUCUUAGUGCUUCGUUGAGUGUAACCCAAUGAUUGGUAUAGUUUCCUGGGAAAGGUUAAGGCUGCAGUGCUUGGGUAUGCUCAGGUGGUAUGAUGAUAAUGGCUGAGUGCGGGCUGAAGUGAUCUCUCUCAAGAUGACUGUGAAAACAGUUUGGCAUGCUUCAAAGCUACCCUGAUUUGCUCACUGAAUGCAAGUGGUUCUGUUUCAGCCAGAAGAUCAGCUGUCAUGUUACCUGACACACACAAACCCCAAAGUGGAGAAAAUCAUCCAUGAGAACCUUCACCUGAACAACCACGUCAGAGAGACAACAAGAGGACCCCGGUAAAUCCCUGUUUAUAUUAUUUUAUGUACAGUGCUGUCGGUGUACAUAGCGUGAAAAGAAAGAAGGGGGGAAAGUCUGAACCCUGAUGGGAAGAAAAAGGAAGGGGAUGAUAGCUGCAAGACCGAUAGGCAAGAAUAUUGCAAAUGCAGUUGCACAUGUUUAGGCUUAGAGUUUGUUUAAUUCAGGGGUGGGAGAUAUUUUGCCUUCCAGAUGUUGCUCAACUACAUGUAGUUCAGCGACAUCUGGAAGGCCAAAGGUUCCCCACACCUGCUUUUGUGGGUGAGGAGUACAGCAAUAAGGAAACCUAUCCAGUCUUGAAAUUUCAUGUUUGGGCUCUUCUCCAUGUCAGCAUCCUAACAUGGCCUGCUGUUGCUCCUGUUUCUAGGUACUGUCCCUCACUAGAGUCGAAAGUUCUGCGUUUUCCAAAUCGCGCACAUCAGGUCUGGCUUGAGCCUGAGGGUCUGGAUUCCAACGUCAUCUACCCGCAGGGAAUAUCUCUGACGUUGCCAUCUGAGAUCCAGGAGGAGCUCAUCACCCAUAUUAAGGGCUUGGAAAAAGCAAAAAUGGUACAGCCAGGUGAGAGGUGGGAAGGAAGUCCAGUUGGAUGGAGCUAUAUAGGCAGCAUAUCAUGUGGGAGUGUGUGUGGAUGCCGAGGUUUGUCUGCCUCAUCUCAAGUGGGAUGUUACUUGAUUGCCCACCAGCACAUGGCUGUGCAUGUCUUCUGAUCACCAGAGGUGUGGUUUUGUAAGCCUUUAUCUUACAGAAAGGUUUGAAACAAUGCAGCAUGCAUCCUUUCCCCCUGCUACCUGUAACCAUGUUGCUCUGUUGUAGGGUGUGGUUGCUGGAAUCAAUAAACCUUUUAUCACCUAUAUCUGUCCUAAUAGGCUAUGGAGUGCAAUAUGACUUUCUAGACCCACAUCAGCUGACCGCCUCCCUUGAGUCUCGCCUCGUCCAGCGGCUCUUCUUUGCAGGGCAGAUAAAUGGCACCACAGGCUAUGAAGAGGCUGCAGCUCAGGUGAGGAGAACCUGCAGGGAAGUGGGUCGUGGCUGUGAAAUGCUUUCUGCAGUAUCAAACGUGAUGAUAUAACUAGCAGCUUGCAGUCACAGGUCUUUUGACUCUGCCUUCUUCCAACUCAGACGUUCUGGACUACAACUCACAUCAGCUUCAGCCUGAAUGACCCUACAGGAAGGAGCUGGUGGGAAUUCUGAUCCAAAACAUUGGAAGGCACCAGGUUGUGGAAUGCCGAUUUCAAGAGCAUUUGUUCAGAACGUGUGUGUGUACACAUGUCUGAAACUUACUUUUUUAUGUCCAGGGAAUGAGCCCUUGUCAUAAUUGGCUUGUGCCAAUUUUAUUCUGCAAAGACACCUUUUAGCAUGCCAGUGGAUAACUGGGAUACAUGGUGGGAAAGUCACAUGUGGUAUCUACGGCUUAAGCAGUCUCCUUAUCGUAGACACAGAGCUACUGAACAGACUAAGCUUCUGGUGUCUAGUAUAUAGUGUCUAGUAUAUGGUGGCUUCCUCUGUGAUCUAUAAUCUCUUUACUCUCUGGCAGGGUGUGGUUGCUGGAAUCAAUGCCAGUCUGCGGGUCACUGGGAAACCUCCAUUUAUUGUCAGUCGCACAGAGGGGUACAUUGGCGUUCUGAUUGACGAUCUCACUACUCUAGGCACCAGCGAGCCGUACCGCAUGUUCACCAGCCGAGUGGAGUUUCGGAUGUCUCUGCGGCCGGAUAAUGCUGACAGCAGACUCACCUUCCGAGGUAGUCAAUUCCUCCAGAGGCCUUUUUUUAAAAAAAACCACACAAUUGCACACAGUUUUCCUAAUUCCUGAGCACCUUUUUGGUCUCUUUAAGGCUAUAAUGAAGCUGGCUGUGUGUCUCAAAAGCGGUAUGAGCAAGCAUCUCAGAUGAAAGCAGUGUUAGAAGAAGGACUUGAAAUGCUGAAAUCUAUUCAGUUCAGCAAUGCAAAAUGGGCCCAGCUCAUACCAGAGAUUACAAUAAGUGCCGGUCGUACCUCUCCUUGCAGGUAUGAGUCUCUCUCUUAUCCCCCCCCCCCCCAUGGUCUUGUUUUAGAGAAGCACAGAUUCAUACAGAAACAUCAUAUACCUCACAUUUACCCGCUCUCUCUAUCCUUUUUAAUUGUGUCUACUCGUAGAGUGUUUCUUGUGAUGCUGUUUGUGUGGGGGAGAAUGUACAAAGCUGUCAAGAGUGUUUCUGUGGAAAGGGUGAAGCGAUUUCAUUGCUUUCUUUUGUCUUCCCUCACCAGUGACUCGGUGAGAUUUGUGGGAUUUUAUAAUGUGAAAGACUAGACUGGAUGAAUCCCAAGCCAGAAUUAAGAUUGCCGGAAGAAAUACAGUGGUACCUCGGGUUAAGUACUUAAUUCGUUCCGGAGGUCCGUACUUAACCUGAAACUGUUCUUAACCUGAAGCACCACUUUAGCUAAUGGGGCCUCCCACUGCUGCCACGCCGCCGGAGCACAAUUUCUAUUCUCAUCCUGAAGCAAAGUACAUAACCUGAAGCACUAUUUCUGGGUUAGCAGAGUCUGUAACCUGAAGCAUAUGUAACCUGAAGUGUAUGUAACCCGAGGUACCACAGUAUGAACAACCUCAGAUAUGCAGAUGACACAACCUUGAUGGCAGAAAGUGAGGAGUAAUUAAAGAACUUCUUAAUGAGGGUGAAAGAGGAGAGUGCAAAAUAUAGUCUGAAGCUCAACAUCAAAAAAACUAAGAUCAUGGCCACUGGUCUCAUCACUUCCUGGCAAAUAGAAGGGGAAGAAAUGGAGGCAGUGAGAGAUUUUACCUCCUUGGGCUCUAUGAUCACUGCAGAUGGUGACAGCAGUCAUGAAAUUAAAAGACGCCUACUUCUUGGGAGAAAAGCAAUGACAAACCCAGACAGCACCUUAAAAAGCAGACACAUCACCUUGCCGGCAAAGGUCCAUAUAGUUAAAGCUAUGGUUUUCCCAAUAGUGAUGUAUGGAAGUGAGAGCUGGACCAUAAAGAAGGCUGAUCGCCAAAGAAUUGAUGCUUUUGAAUUAUGGUGCUGGAGGAGACUCUUGAGAGUCCCAUGGACUGCAAGAAGAUCAAACCUAUCCAUUCUUAAGAAAAUCACCCUGAGUGCUCACUGGAAGGACAGAUCCUGAAGCUAAGGCUCCAAUACUUUGGCCACCUCAUGAGAAGAGAAGACUCCCUGGAAAAGACCCUGAAGUUGGGACAGAUUGAGGGAACAAGGAGAAGGGGACGACAGAGGAUGAGAUGGUUGGACAGUGUUCUCGAAGCUACUAAAAUGGGUUUGACCAAACUGCAGGAGGCAGUGGAAGACAGGAGUGCCUGGUGUGCUCUGGUCCAUGGGGUCACGAAGAGUCGGACACAACUAAACAACAACAGCAACAACAACAUAAUGGCCUGUAGAAACUCCUAGAGCUAGGGCGUAUUUUCACAGUUUCAAAUCCUAAUGUAAAACUGUUAACCUGGUAUCCCACCACUAUUAACACAUAAAAUCAAGGGGGAAUUGAAAAUUUUAAGCUGUGGAAAGAAGGAAAGCAGUCCUAGAAAAUCUAAGGCUUUUGCUUUUAUCUUUGAAUUAAGUAACCCCCUUAACCAUAUCCUAAUUGGUACCUCACAUUUCACAGCAUGAUUUGUGAUAGGGAGCAAGGCUCUGGCUAAAAUGGCCUGGGAUUUGUUGCCCACGUAAAACAAACACACUGGCAAACCUGUGGACUCAGAAAAGUUUCUUUUAGCAGCUUCAGAAAACAAUUGCACAAGUAAAUAGGUAUAUGACUGCAGUCUUAAGCCCUGAACCAGCUUCCUUAAGCCUAAUUUUGUUGCAGUUGCAAAAGCAUUGUGCCUUAAAAAAAAACUGAGAAGAAAUUCUAGGUGCCCUUGAGCUAAAAUGCUGUGUUUCUUCCAUUACAUAACCUACCUUAUCACUUAUUUUAAUGUAUUAUACAGUGUCAUUUUUUUUAAUGCUGUCCCCAUGUUAUUGUGUAUAGUUUCUUUCCAAGUUCUUAUCUGUGAUCUUCAUUGUUGGCUUGUAAGCUCCUUGAGUUGAAUCAGCCAUUUUUGUGUGUGUGCAUUAAAUGAUCCCUAAUACAAUGUGGUUAAGGCUUCCUGGAUAGUGAUACCAUAUUUUGAGCAAGCCUGAGGUCUUCUAAACUUCCUUGAAAUUCCAUGGGAAUGGGUACUAGCUUAGACUUGUUUUAGAUCCCACCUUUCUAUGACAAGAGCACUCAACGCAUCUUGCACAUAAUUUCACAGGAAUUGUUUUUGCUUUGUUUUGGUUUUUUGCUUAGUGCCCUGGACAUCCUUCAGUACCAGGGGGCCAAUAUGGAGAUUUUGUCACGAGCUGUCCCAGGGCCUCUGAAAAAGUUUGCUGAAUGGAGACAACUGGCAGAAAGGCUGAAAAUAGAAGGUAUGGAAGACUAGCAAGCCCUAAAUAAAACUCCCAUCAGUACCAGCCAGCAUGGAGAGUGAUGGGAGUUGUAGUCCAGCAACAUCUGGAGGGCCCCCAUUCCUGUCCUAACUUGACACAUUUGUGCCCAGUAGAUCUUGCUUCUUGGGGAACUCAGAACAUAAAUUCCAUCGAAUCCAAGAACACAAUUAGGCUUUAUAUUCUUAUACAGAUAGCUUGUGGCCGUUUUCCGUCUCUCCAAUGGUGCAGGAGUAAAUCUGAUAUAAUCUGCUCUGUUUAGGUUGCAAACCUAAGCAUAUUUACUAGGGAGUAAGUCCCAUUCAACACAGUGGAACCAGCAUUCGAAAUUUGCCAGGUGCAUUUUGCUCAUGGCUAUCAGCCACUUGUGACCAAGUGAAUAUGCCCGGGUGCCAGGAUAGCCCCUGAUGUCUCUACCAUCUGGAGGUGCAUGCAUGGGGACCCUUGGAUUUUUUUCACACACUAGGAACACAUCCUGUACAAUUCUAUCCAUUAUAUUUUAUCAGAAUGAAUUUCAGGAACCAAAAUAUAUAUUGUUCUGUUCAUUCUCUUUGUUCUUCUCACAAGCUGUUUAUGAAUGGCAUGUGUCUGUUCAGAGGUUGGAAAUAGAGGAAGUGCGUCAGGAUGAGGCUCUUCAGCUGCCAGAAGAUCUGGAUUACUUUGCCAUCGAUACAUCACUAUCUCAGGAAGUGCGAGAGAAGCUGGACUCCCACCGUCCCCAGACGGUAAGGUGCUAGUAGAGUGAGUUUGCUGGAUGAAGUAGGGAUCCUGUGGCUUUCCAGAUGUUGCCAGACUCCCAACUCCUACCAGCACUAGCCAUUGUGGCCUGGAAUUGUAGUCAAGCAACCCAGCAUUAAUAUGUAGGGGGUUAGUUAUUAAAAUGUACCUUGAAAGCAUUAUAGUCAUUUCCAAAGGCAGAAAACUGAGUAAGCAGGGGCUUUGCUAGGUUAACAGCUCUGCCUUUAGAGUGAAUCUUCCAACUUUGUUUGGUAUUAGAGACCACAUGGAAAGUGCCAAGAGAAUUCCCGUUCUAAGUUGAGAAAUAAAAUGGGGGGGGGGAGCAUUUCACAAGAUUUCACCACUGUGUUCCUGGCCUUAUUAAAAAUUUGGAAAUUGAAAGCAUCAAGGGAGAGUUAGAAAAAACACUUAACUUGGUGGGGCUUUUUAUUCUUUAUUUUUAAAGCCCAUUUCUGUGCAAAAAUAUAGACUAUGUAUAAUAAUUUAUAAUCUAUAAAUAUUAUGUAUAAUUAGCAUAGACAUGCUGACAAUAUGGUAAAGUUUGCCUGCCAUUUUGAUUUCACCUGUUUUGUUGUUCUUAUCAGAAUGCUUCAGACUAGCUUAUGUGUCUUUUUCCAGUUUGAACAUGUAAGGCAGUCUCCGCCCCCCCAAAGUCAUAAAAUGUAUUCCUUUGUGCACACCAACGAAAAAUGGCUACCAUUGUAUGCAUAGGAGGGGGUGUGGCAUAAUGGGUAAGACACAUUCUUGAGUCAAAUGUGGCCAGAACAUCUACAAACCUUUCUGCACCAACACUAUGGGGAUAGUAAUACUGACAGGCUUUGUAAUCAUUUAAGUAAUUUAAGCAGUCAAAUAAAUGCAAAAUGUUCUUUUAGACAUGUGCACAAAUGCUGAACCAUAGCUGUGAACUGUAUGUUGUUAUAAUGCUGAUGACAAUGGAAUAAAAUCUAUCAAGAGCUUCCACUGCCAUUAAAAAACAAACUAGCAGUGAUCAUUCUUCAUGGUGGCUAGAAAGUUAAAACUCCCACACCCAGAACAGGAAGGGUAUGAGAGGGAGUUAUGUUGCACAAAUGAAAAUAAUUGCAUUGGCAGUAGGACUUUGUUGGAGUUUGCCCAUUGACAUGACUGUUUAUAGAAUGAUCAAUAGUCUUCAGUGAUGUCCUGUUGAUCCCGAGUAGUAAGAUAUGCAGGUAAGUUUACUUUGUGUGUAUUUUAAUCGCUUCAAUGAAACACACAUGAAGGGGACGCGGGAAGACUUUGGUGUUACAAUUCUUACAGUAGGCAAUCUCACCUUCCUGUUACUGUUUCUAGAUUGGCGCUGUCAGCCGCAUUCCUGGAGUCACACCUGCUGCUGUUCUAAAUCUACUGAGGUUUGUGAAGAACCAUCACAAAAGAGCAGAGCAAACAAGUGAGAGAUGUAGGAUUGCUACCCCCAUCCCUGAUGUCAACCUGCUGGGACAAAGAAAGCUCCAAGCUACUGAUAUGUGAACAGUGCUUACUGAGCAAAACCCAUUGAACUGUGUUCCUGCAGCCUGUGGUUAUCCGGUCAUUCACAUACCAUGUAUGUAAUUGCUAUCCAAUAAAUAGACAAGAGCUACCAGA